AGCUUGCUCACUGCAGACUCGCUGACGUCACCGCAGUGGUCAGCAGGCCGUGUUAGCUGAGCUGGGAGGGUCUUGGUUAUUCCACACAGAACACAGGCGUCGUCAGUGAACCAGCGCUUUACUGGAAAUACAAAUCAAAAUGAAUAUGAUAUAAAAUAGAGAACGGGGACAGGGAAAGCGUUUUAUGUAUUUCUUUUGUUGUCCAUGUUUUGGUUGCAUGGUUGGGCGGCAGGUGCAUUACAGCCGGGGGCAGAUUUCAUUGUUUUUUUUACAAUUUUUUUAACAAAAUCGACAUUAAAAUGGACAGACGCAGACAGAUUAGAAUGCUUACUGCUUUAGAUUAAAUUGAGUUUUGUUUGGGUUAAGACGGUACCGGUGGCAACGGGAAGCAUCUUGCAAAAACAACGAAGGCAGCAUCCUGGCUAAGGAUUGCUGGGAAUGCUGUCGCACCCCCUGCGUUCAAUCUAUUAUAUUACUGAAUAUACGAAAUAAAUGCACGUAGCUUUAAGAAUUCUGAGAUUUUGUACAGGAAAAUCGUUGCCUCGUAAUUAUUCGAGCAAAAUUACAUAUUUAAUCGAACUGCAAUUGAUUACAAAAUUGUAUACUAAAUAAUUUUAAAACAAAAGAAACAAAAUAUUCCUAAUUCGUGUGGAAACAUUUUUCUUCGCUGCCCACGGAGUCCUAGCUAGCCCACGGAUUGUCUCCGCCUGUGCUGUGUUGCUGCAGGAGAUCAGCGCCACAAAGACUGGCAAGAUGAUGGAGAUUCAGAUAGACGAGGCGGUGUACCAGGAUGAAUACGGCUCUGUAUCGGUGAUGUCGGAGCGAGUGUCGGGCCUGGCGAACAGCAUCUACCGCGAGUUCGAGCGGCUGAUCUGUUGCUAUGACGAGGAGGUGGUGAAGGAGCUCAUGCCGCUGGUGGUGAACGUGCUCGAGAACCUGGACUCGGUGCUGACAGAGAACCAGGAGCACGAGGUGGAGCUCGAGCUGCUGAAGGAGGAUAACGAGCAGCUCCUCACACAGUACGAGAGGGAGAAGGCGCUGCGCAAGCAAGCUGAGGAGAAGUUCAUUGAGUUCGAGGAUGCCCUGGAGGGGGAGAAGAAGGACUUGCAGACCCAGGUGGAGGUGCUGGAGCUGCAGACCAGGCAGCUGGAACUCAAGACCAGGAACUAUGCUGACCAGAUGACCCGUCUGGAGGAGCGCGAGUCUGAGAUGAAGAAAGAUUACAACACCCUCCACCAGAGACACACUGAGAUGAUCCAGACUUAUAUGGAACACAUUGAAAGGUCCAAGAUGCAGGUUGGAACUAACAGCCAGAAUGACAGAGUUGCCAGCGGAAGAACUCAGCGCCACAAGUGGAGGAUAAGCAGAACGGAGCGACCUCCAUCACUCAGCCUGUUCCCCAGCGCAGAGGGCAUGGAUGAUGAGUCUGAAUCGGGCCAGUCAUCUGCAGCCGCUACUCCCAGCACAACCGGAACCAAAUCCAACACACCCACUUCUUCUGUGCCCUCUGCCGCUGUCACACCCAUCGAGACCCCGGCCUUCCAGCCAAUCAAUGGCUUUGACAUUGCUCGGAACAACAAGGAAGAGGGAGGAGCCAAGAGGCAGAGCAGGAACAUGGAGGUGCAAGUCUUUCCAGAUACCAAGAACGUUGGCAUAGGCGUUGGAUGUGUUGUUGGUGUCUCAGGGAUGGGCAGCAGUGACGAAUGGUCUGAUGUUCAGGAUAUCAUCGAUUCCACCCCAGAGCUCGACAUGGCCCCGGACCCCCGGCUCCAUCGCACUGGAAACAGCCCUACACAGGGGAUUGUAAACCAGGCUUUCGGUAUCAACACAGACUCGCUGUACCAUGAGAUCUUCACUGCCGGCUCAGAGGUUAUAGGGGAUGUGGAUGAGGGGGCCGACCUGCUUGGGGAGUUUUCAGUGCACGAUGAUUUUUUCGGGAUGGGGAAAGAAGUGGAGAACCUUCUGAUAGAGAACACACAGCUUCUGGAGACCAAGAAUGCCCUGAACAUUGUGAAGAAUGACUUGAUCGCCAAGGUGGAUGAGCUGUCGAGUGAGCAGGAGGUUCUGCGAGGGGAGCUGGAGGCAGUGAGACAGACCAAGAGCAAGGUGGAGGGCAGGAUCAAGGAGCUGGAGGAGGAGCUCCGACGUUGCUGUCAAGACAUCAUAAGGGUGAAGGCAGAAGCUCUGGGUGCUCUGCAGGAGUCCAAGGACGAGGGCGUGGAAGAUUACUCUUCCCCACUGCAGGAUGAUGUGUCCAUGACCCAGCGGCGGCGCUUCACUCGGAUAGAGAUGGCUCGUGUGCUCAUGGAGAGGAACCAGUACAAGGAGAGGCUGAUGGAGUUGCAGGAGGCUGUGCGAUGGACUGAGAUGAUCAGGGCCUCUCGUGAAAACCCCCAAAUGCAAGAGAAGAAAAAGUCUACCAUCUGGCAGUUUUUCGCCCGUCUCUUCAGCUCUUCCUCCAGCCCGCCCCCUGCCAAGCGGCCCUACACUGCGGUCAACAUCCACUACAAGUCCCCCACACCGUCCGGAUUCGCCCAGCGCCGCAACCACACCAUGUGCCAGAUCUCUACCGCGGGUCGCACGCUCCAGUUUUUCCCGGAAGAAUUGGGCAGUAAUGGUGUUGCGUCUCUCCUCAGCGACUGCGCGCUGUCGGCCCGGCGAGAGCAGCGGCGUGAGCAGUACCGCCAGGUCCGAGAGCACAUGCGCAGCGAUGACGGGCUCAUGCAGGCGUGCGGCUGGAGCCUGCCCCCGCGCUUCAAACAGACAGGCCCACCGGCAGAGCAUUCUCAGGAGGGGCCGCAGAAGAAACGGCAGCUGAGCCCCAACGGAGGUCAAGAGGACAACCGCAUGAAGAACGUGCCUGUGCCAGUGUACUGUCGCCCCCUGGUGGAGAAGGACCCGACCAGAAAGCUGUGGUGCGCUGCUGGAGUGGACUUGACAGGCUGGCGGCAUACUGAGGAGAGUGAGGUCAACGGGCUGAAGACAUCGUCCAGCAGCUCCGACCCACUGACCGGGGAGGGGGAGGGAGAGGAGAGCAGGAGCAACCACAGCUCUCCAGAGAAGAAGAAGCAGGUGAAGGAAGGUCCCGAGACAGAUGCCCUGUCCAGUCGGGUGUGGAUCCUCACCAGCACACACUCCGCCAGCAAGGUUGUGAUCAUUGAUGCCAACCAGCCCGGCUCACUGGUGGAUCAGUUCAACGUGUGCAAUGCCCAUGUGCUGUGCAUCUCCAGUGUGCCAGCGGCCAGCGACAGUGACUACCCGGCUGGGGAGAUCUUCCUGGACCCAGGUGAGGGCGGCUCAGAGGAGGCAGGUGGAGUGGAGGGUAUGCUGGCUGGGAUCACCUUGGUGGGCUGUGCCACCCGCUGCAGUGUCGUCCGCAGCAACUGCUCCUCACGCACUGACACACCCGUACUGGACAAGGGCCAGGCUCCGAUCAGCAGUGGCAAAAUCAACCCGUCCCAGUCUGCAGAGGAGGCUACUGAAGCCACAGAGGUGUCGGAGCCAACAGCCAGCGAGACAGUGCCGGUGUCAACACGGCCCGGUCCAUUCACAGAGCAUGUCUUCACUGACCCAGAGUCAGCCAGGCCAGAGGCCAGCGGGCAGGGCAGGGAGGCAGGGCAGCCCAAGGAGGAGUCUAGCACAGCGACAUCAAAAGAGCCAGAGGAGGCAGGGGAGGAGCCUGGCGCCGUUACAAGCUCUGCCCCCACCAUGUGGCUCGGGGCUCAGAAUGGCUGGCUCUAUGUUCACUCUGCUGUGUCCAAUUGGAAGAAAUGCCUGCACUCAAUCAAGCUGAAGGACUCUGUUCUCAGCCUGGUACACGUGAAGGGCCGUGUGCUGGUGGCAUUAGCAGAUGGGACACUGGCUAUCUUCCACAGAGCUGAAGUAGAUGGACAGUGGGAUCUUAGUAAUUACCACCUGAUGGACCUGGGCCGGCCUCACCACUCCAUCCGCUGCAUGGCCAUGGUCCACGACAGGGUGUGGUGCGGCUAUAAGAACAAGAUCCACGUCAUCCAGCCCAAGACCAUGCAGAUCGAGAAAUCGUUCGAUGCUCACCCGCGGCGGGAGAGCCAGGUCCGGCAACUGGCGUGGAUCGGGGACGGGGUGUGGGUGUCGAUUCGCCUGGACUCCACGCUGCGGCUUUACCAUGCUCUCACACACCAGCACCUGCAGGAUGUGGACAUUGAGCCCUACGUCAGCAAGAUGCUGGGUACUGGAAAGCUGGGCUUCUCAUUUGUGCGAAUCACAGCGCUGCUAAUCGCAGGGAACCUGCUGUGGGUAGGGACAGGGAACGGAGUGGUGAUCUCUAUCCCUCUCACUGAGACUGUAGUCCUACACCGGGGACAGCUCCUGGGUCUGAGGGCCAAUAAGACGUCCCCUUCGUCCCUGGAGGGCGCUCGGUCGGGAGGAGUGAUCCACGUGUACGCCGAUGACAGCACGGAGCGCACGGCCGGGAGCUUCAUACCUUACUGCUCCAUGGCCCAGGCGCAGCUCUGCUUCCACGGGCACAGGGAUGCUGUCAAGUUCUUCGUGUCAGUGCCAGGCAAUGUGCUGGCCACCCUGAAUGGAAGCGUUCUCGACAGCCCGACAGAAGUUCCUGGCUCCACAGCACCCCCUGAAGCCGACUCCCAGCGCCUGCACAACGUCCUGGUACUGAGUGGAGGAGAGGGCUACAUUGACUUCCGCAUUGGCGAUGGCGAGGAUGACGAGACAGAGGAGGGUUCCAGCGAGGCUCCACAGGUCAAAUCCACCCUGUCCAAGGCAGAGCGCAGCCAUAUCAUCGUCUGGCAGGUGUCCUAUGUGCCAGAGUGAGGACAGACAGACAGACAGACAGAAUUGCACCCCCUCCCCCAAAACAGCACCCUGCAUCCUACCACUGAAAAACAACAACACUGAGAAAUCUGCUUCCACUGGAACCUCCAUGUCCCCCGUCCAGCCCCCCCAUGCUUCUGGUCUACAGGGGAUUGCCACGAAACUUGUAACAAAGCUAAUGAAGUUAAAAGGAACUUACUAAAUCCAAUGACAAACAACAAGAAAGGUUUCCAGUCAAAAAGUUUGCCAUUGAAUUUAUUAUCACUUGCUAUGAAAUCUGCUUGAAAGAUGCAAAGAAAUCAGUCCACUGUAUUGAAUCCUGGAGGGAUUUGUGAUGCUGGUGCCAAUGUCUUUGUAUUGGUGGAAUUGACAGUCCAGUUUUGAGGCUGCUUCAUAGAGCAGUCUCUUUACCAAAUUUACUGUGGAGUGUCAAAAACGGUUAGAAAGUCGACCAAAUAAUUCCAGCAUAUUAUACCUAAUUUCCUUUGCUUUUUA